AUGAUGGAUGUGUCCACUUGGAAGGAAAUAGAGGUGGCACUGGUUAGUUUUGACAACACUGAUGAGGUCGUGGGAGAUCCCUGUUAUUCCAAUGACCUCAGUGCUGCUGGCCAAUCACACAAAGGCCGUUCCAGCUGUUCCAGCCUCCUAUCCAAUUGGAGAAUUCUCAUCAACAGUGAAAACAGCAACAAUGAGACCAUAUUCUCGAAAUUGUCUGCUGAGUUCAGUGACUACUUGGUACCAGAGAAUGUGGGCAUGGAUGAGGGAGAACAGAGAGUCAUCAUCAACAUUGCUGGGCUGAGGUUUGAGACGCAACUCAAAACUCUUAAUCAGUUUCCAGAGACUCUUCUUGGAGACCCUGAGAAGAGGAUACAUUACUUUGAUUCAAUGAGGAACGAGUAUUUCUUUGACAGGAACAGGCCCAGUUUUGAUGGGAUAUUGUACUACUACCAAUCUGGGGGGAAAAUUCGGCGUCCAGCCAAUGUCCCUAUAGAUGUCUUUGCUGAUGAGAUCACAUUCUAUGAGUUGGGUGAAGACGCCAUGGACCAGUUCAGAGAAGAUGAAGGCUUUAUCAAGGACCCCGUCACUCUCCUGCCAACCAAUGACUUUCAUAGGCAGUUCUGGCUGCUGUUUGAGUAUCCUGAAAGCUCUAGUGCAGCCAGAGGUGUGGCUUUGGUCUCUGUUCUUGUUAUUGUUAUCUCUAUUAUAAUUUUUUGUAUAGAGACUUUACCAGAGUUCAGAGAUGAGAGGGAAAUGACAGUUAUCAAGAAUGAAGCAAACAACCUAACCAAAGCUGUCAUCAUCUCUAAUACUUUCACAGACCCCUUCUUUGUGAUAGAAACUGCUUGCAUCAUUUGGUUCUCCUUUGAGUUGUUUGUCAGAUUCAUUGUCUGCCCCAGCAAGACUGAGUUCUUCAAAAAUAUCAUGAACAUCAUUGAUAUUGUGUCUAUCAUUCCUUAUUUUGUGACUCUCACCACUGAGCUGAUUCAGCACAGUGAGCCAAAUGGCCAACAGAACAUGUCCCUGGCUAUCCUCAGGAUUAUCCGUCUGGUCAGAGUCUUCCGUAUCUUCAAGCUUUCUCGACACUCGAAGGGGCUACAAAUCCUGGGACAGACUCUCAAGGCCAGCAUGAGGGAAUUGGGCUUGCUCAUCUUUUUUCUUUUCAUUGGAGUCAUACUGUUUUCUAGUGCCAUCUACUUUGCAGAGGUGGAUGAACCACAAUCACAUUUCUCCAGCAUACCUGACGGCUUCUGGUGGGCUGUGGUCACCAUGACGACUGUUGGCUAUGGAGACAUGUGUCCUACCACCCUGGGGGGAAAGAUAGUGGGGUCUCUAUGUGCUAUUGCAGGGGUGCUGACCAUUGCACUCCCUGUGCCAGUCAUUGUCUCUAACUUUAACUAUUUCUACCACAGGGAGACAGAGAAUGAAGAGAGACAAAUAUUACCUAGGGAGGUAGAGAAAAUACUGACCAGUGUGAUGACAGGGAAUGGGAGUAUGGACUCCCUGAACAAAACACAUGAAAAUAAUUCUCAAGACAAGACAAAAAAAUAUUGA